AUGAAUUACAAUAUGAAUGAACUUGAGGCAACUAGGUUGCUGAGACACCCCAGACGUUGCUGGGGCAGUGCCUAUAGCAGGAGAAUUGUGGCCAUCUCGGGAAUCGUAAUCCUCACACUGCUGUUUACAAUGAUUUACCAUGGCCUUGUUGUGGAGAGGAUGGACCGCGUGCAGCAGAUUGCCGCCCUGAAUGCCCAGCACAGAUUGCUGGCAAAUCAACCCUUCGACGAGGAUCAGCUGCCCUUGAUAGUCAGCCCCCAAACGUUGCACUUUAAGCUCCUGGAUGAGGACGCGGAUAAGGAGACGGAUGAUAGCCAGCACAGGAAGAAGCGGUUGAAGAACAUGUUGCUCAAGUUCCGGUUGCACAAAAAGCACAAGACUCGUCGCGAGUUGCCCCGAAAGGAUCUGCUUGAUCCUGUCCAGGUGGAGGCUAACCUGCAGCACCUCUACAACAAGCUAAGGAGCAAGAGGGCCAGGGAGGCUCUCAGCCAACUCGAGAACGAGUUUGUGCGCUGCAAGAAGGAAACCCCCAAGGACUGCAUGUCGGCCUUUUUGAAGAUGUACAAAAUGGCCAGAGAUGUGGCCGAAAAAAUGGAGAAAAUGAAGGCCAUAAUGCGAGAGCAACAGCCUCUGCUGGAGUCUGAAAGCAUGGAGUCAGAGGAGCACAAAAAUAAAGAGUUAACAUCCGACAAUCUGGUGGUGCAAGAGACCACUGUUUUCGCCACUGUGGUGUCUGGUAAUGCCACCGAGAAGCCUCAGCGGACGAAGAUAAAGCCUUCCAGGAUAAGCUGGAUCAUUGAUGGGCACGACCAUGAUGAUGAGGUAUAUACUGACGACACCCCUAAGACAGUUGCGACCACUAAGGAACCAGGAAGCACAACCCCUUCAGCACCGACCACUCCACAGGCUUUGGACAGCACCAGCGAGAAGAUCAGCUGGAUUUUGGACCAGUUCGACAAACCCAAAGAGAUUUUGCGCACCACCGAAGGACCUGGCAUCAAGAAAACCACUCCAAUAGCAGAAAUGGAAAAGCCAACUGAAGCAUCUGUGGGAUUUAAUGUAACCACAGAUGGUCCGUCGGAAGAUGGAACCACACCGGGGCAGCGAAAACCUGAAAUCGAUUGGAUUAUAGAUGGUAAUGAGGAGGUGGAGCCCCUUGGAAAUAACACCAGCACCACCAUCACUGCACUCAUUAGCACUACGGAACCCAACGAAGCUCUAAUAAACUCCACGGUUACAACAACCAAGCAGGAUACCACCACAUUAGUGGGAACCACGGAAGGCACAGCUACCACAUCCAGUCAGCGGAAGCUGCAGUUCGAUUGGAUAAUAGAUGGCGAGGAGGUGGAUGAGCUACAGAAUAAUUCCACCACCACCACAACGUUAGUUCCCACAACAAUCAUCACCACUGAAUCCAACGAAGGAUUGCCAAACACAACAGUAUCGACUGCUGUCCCGGAACCUGUAAAGAUUAGCUGGAUAAUUGACGGGAAUGAAGGUAGCGGGGAACCGAGUGCGACCUCCACCACGCAACCUAAGCUGACCACCAGGCAGGUUCACAGCGACUCGAUGGAUGGCCCCAGAUCUGAACAUCCUCUGGACAAUCCAAGCAGCAUCGAAAACAUGCUGGAGAGCUUCGAGCGGCAUGAGCAAGACAAACCCGUUCUAAAAGAACUAAGCGCCAAUGAAUCCUCCCAAGAAACUGCCACGGAUGUGUAUGAAAGGCAGGUCUGGCUGAAGAAGUUCCAGCAGCAGGCUAGGCCAAACCAGGACGAGCUGAUAGACACUUUCGGUUCAGGCUUGGACGCGAAAAUGUUGGAAAAAAUGAGACCCAAGAUGAAUCCUUUGAAGGGUCAGCCCUGGAAUGCUGCUGAUGCCCAGAUCCUGAGCCUGUGCGAAAGGGUGGCCCAGAAAAUGAGGAAUAGGGGAUCCACUUUGACGGAGGGCGAAACCAAGGAGAAAGGGGAGACCUUCACUGCCUCGCCAAGUGUCCAGUUCACCAGCCGAGCUCCUGGUGGUUUUCCAGUAUCCGGAGAGACGAUGAAGGCUUCUGCCCAGUUCAUGUUCAAUCCCAAUUUCGGAAUGCCCAGCAUUCCAGUCUGCUUUUACAUGACUCCGGCCAACUUCCGCAUGCCCAUGUGGUCAGCCUCUCCCUCAUUUAUGGGAAUGCAGGGCGGCCACUUUGGAGGAUCCUCUAAUGCCGGCGGUGGUAUCUUCUUCGUGCCCCAACAGUUUGGACCGAGUGGAAACUUUUUCGGUGGUAGCGGUGGAUCUGGAUCCGGUGGCCAGGGAGCUAAUAUAUUCUCUAAGAAUGCCUCGCCGCAAAAGCUUUCCAAUGGCCAGCAGCAACAGGUUUACUGCAGUUACCUCCAGAAUCAGGCGGGACAGGGAGCCGCGCAGUCCUCCGUUUCGAAUCCACAACAACCGCCGAAUGGCCAGACGUCCUUUUCCAAUGCCAACUUUAAGAUGCGGCAUGCCAAUCAGUCUGCUGCCAAUCACAACCAGGGGCAGAUCAUCUACGCCAGUUACGCGGGCCUGCCACAGUCAACCGUGCAGCAUCAUUCAAAAUGCCCGGAACCCGAUCAACUGUCCUGCUUCGGACAGGAGCAGGAGUGCAUUUCAGCCAGCAGAUGGUGCGACAAUGUGGUGGACUGUUCGGAUGGAAGCGAUGAGUCUGCCUGCACUUGUGCGGACAGGCUGGACGAGGAGCGCCUCUGCGAUGGCUAUGCGGAUUGCCCGAUGGGCGAGGAUGAGUUGGGCUGCUUUGGCUGCGAACCUCUGGCCCACUCCUGCUACGAAAACCCCACUGAGUUUGCCAAACACAAUCAAUCCACCCUCUCCAUGUGCUACAGCCGCUUGGAACGCUGCGACGGCUUCAUGAACUGCCUCAAUGGGCGUGACGAGCUUGAGUGCAGCAUGCUGGUCAUCGAUGUGGCAGAUCAUAUGUCCCAUGCUGCCUCGGCCUCUGAGGGAUUUCUGUAUCAUAAUUAUCGUGGCGAUUGGCAUCCUGUGUGCAACAAUGGACAGAAGUGGGCAGCUGCCGCCUGUGAGUUGGAAGACGAAAAAGCCGGCGUGGAUCUAGGCUUCAAGGCCCUGACCCUACCCGGACCAUUUAUAGAGCCCUCCCUGCAGGCUGGAGUCCAAUUCGCCCAAGCCUGCCAUGGUCGCAAUAGUCAUGACUCCCUCGAAAACCACGUGGCGUACGUCAAGUGUCCUCCAAUGCAGUGCGGAGUUCCCAAGAAUGCUACGAAGGUAGUCCACUCCAAGAGAGUCAAGAGAACUGUGUCGGAGUCUGGCGAAAAUUUUGGCAAUGGACGCAUUGUGGGUGGCCGCUACACGAGUGAUCUCCAGUGGCCUUUUGUGGUGGCCAUUUACCGAGACGGAAAGUUCCACUGCGGAGGAACCAUCUACACCGAACGUUGGAUCAUCAGCGCUGCCCACUGUGUCAUCAACUUUGCCAAGUAUUACUACGAGGUGCGAGCUGGCCUCCUGCGCCGCACCAGCUACUCACCGGCUACGCAAAUCCAGCCCGUGUCCCAUGUUGUGGUCCACCAGGCAUACGAGCGGAGGAGUAUGCGAAAUGAUCUUUCUCUGCUUCGCAUGGCCAGUCCCCUUAACUUCAAUCGUUGGGUGAAGCCCAUCUGCCUGCCGGACCAGGGGCGCACGACCAUCGGAGAUGAUUGGAUCUGGGGACCUGUGGAGAACACCAUGUGCACAGUAGUUGGUUGGGGAGCGAUUAGGGAAAAGGGUCCCAGCAGUGAUCCUCUUCGCCAGGUGAUUGUGCCCAUCCGCAAACGGUGCACAGAUCCUGAGGAUCAAGCCUCAGAGAACAUUUGUGCCGGCGAUCCACACGGAGGACGCGAUGCUUGUCAAGGAGAUUCAGGUGGUCCCCUUUUCUGCCGCAGCGUGUCUCGACCGGAAGAACUGUACCUCGCCGGAGUAGUGAGCCACGGCAAUGGCUGUGCAAGGCCGCAGGAGUUCGGCGUUUACACCCGAGUCACCCUUUACCUGGACUGGCUGGAAAUGGCGGUGAAUCCUAGAAAUCUGCCUGGCCGGCAGCCGCUGCAACUCUGUCCAGGAUUCAUCUGUGUGUGGGGCGGCAAGCGAUGCAUAGCCAAGCGCCAGCGAUGCGACCGCAAUGUGGAUUGUCUGGGUGGGGAAGAUGAGGUCGGAUGUUCUUACAACUUUAUUCCAGAUAUGGUUGGAGCCGGAAAAAACAUAAGCACCACCACGGAAAGCGACUACCAUCCUGAGGAGGCUAAGAUUCGGGAGCUGAUUCCUUUUGAAGAUUUAGAUUUGGAGGCGGACAAAGACGAGGAGGAAAUCACUGAGACCACUACAUUAUUUGACGAUUCCACGGAAGGACAACUGGAAGAUAUCUCCACAAGUACUUUAGGAGAUCUAACUACAACUGAAGAUGUAACAUAUCCCAGUUCGAUGGUUGACUCAACUACAUCAGAUUUAGGAAACAUAACACCAUCAACAGUCCCAGAAACUACAUCUGGACCUACCAGUACCCUGCCUACCACAUCAGAUAUAACCACAAGUACGGCAAUGCCAACGUCCACUGAGGAUUUCCAGAAAAUGUUUGACCUUGUCACCCAACUCAUGGAAGAGAGAACAACUAGUACGGUCAAGGAGGAGCUAGUGACCACAACUUCUUCUGUAUCCACGACUAAAGCGGCAUUCCCAGUGACAACAGAGGAAGCUCCUGAAACAACAGCCAUAGAAUCAACUACAACGAUUAGCAGCACCACCACUCCAUUAAUCACAACCACAACAGGAAUACCCACCACUGUUCAGUAUGAAGAGACCACCGUGACCACCUUGGCUCCAACUACAAGUACCAUUGUUACUGUUAUUUCCUCAACUACUACUCCUAAGGCUACUACUACCUCGAGGCCAUUGAGGACCACCACAGAAAAGAGUAGUAGCUUCCAUUCUCAGGAGGACGAGGUGCAGAUUCCCAAUAAGUUUGUGUGUAAAAUAAUGCCUCAAAUCAUUGACAUUCAGAUGCACUGCGAUCGAAAAGUUGACUGCGAAGAUGGAACUGAUGAAUUGGACUGUUCCUGCAAGGACUACUUGAAGGGCAGUCUAGCAGCUCUAAUAUGUGAUGGCAAGGACGAUUGUGAGGAUCUGUCAGAUGAGCAGGAUUGCGGAGGCUGCCAUGCUAACGAGUUCCGUUGUCCUCUUUCGAAGACUUGCUUGCCUCUAAGCAAGCGAUGUGACAAUGAAGUGGACUGCAAGUUCAAGGAGGAUGAGAAGGAUUGCUUUGCCCUGACCAAUGGACAUGACGUGCAUUUCCAUGUCCACCAACAGCCCAAGUUCAGCAGUGCCGGAAUCUUUUCGAGAAACGCUCAUGGAGUGUGGCGGGUUGUUUGCGCCCAUGAAACAGGCUAUCAUGAGCAUCAAGCCAACACGGCGGACGCAGUGUGUGCCCUCCUGGGAUUCAAGGGAGCCCACUACUUCAACAGCACUGAGUUUGUGAGCCACCAGGAAAUGCAUCCCAUUACGCCAGAGCUGAAGGGUGGCAGGACCCGCCUGGCUUCUCAUAUUCAUGCAAUGGUGGGAGACAACAUUCAGCUGACGGAAAAUGAAAUAAUAAUACCAGAGCUGGGUCAUCCAAGCGCCCCGAGACCGGAAAAGGAUCGCCUGCUGCCCACCAAGUGCUUGGGUAUCUAUGUGGAGUGUAACCCCUUUUCCAACAAAACCACUCCCCUGAAAACACUAAGUGCUGGCCAAGCAGUCAAACCAAAACUGAAGGACGAGGUGCCACAACUUCUGCCCACUAUCGAAACCCACAGCAGACCCAACGUCCACUUCAAGCCGCAGCUACCGCCAACGGUCGUGAAUAAAAAGGACGAAAUACUGGACCGUCUGGAUAAUCUGAUUAAGAGCAAGAAAAACAAAACCCUGCUGGUGAACGAGGAGCUCCACGAAGCCAUCGAGGAGCUGCACUGGCCCUGGCUGGCUGACGUCUACUCGAACGGGGAUCUCUGGUGCAUCGGUGUGCUCAUCGACAAGCACUGGCUGCUGGUCCACGAGAGCUGCAUGUUUGGCAUCAGUCUGAAGACGCACUUCGUCAGUGCCCUACUGGGAGGUGGAAAAACCAAGAGAUCGCUUCACCGUAGUAACCAGGAGCAGAUUCGAAGGAUAGACUGCUUUGACCCGGUGCCCAAGUCCAAUGUGUUGCUUCUCCACCUGGAAACCCCGGUUAAAUUUACUCACCAUGUGCUGCCUACAUUUUUGCCCGAAAGUUCCCUUGAAAAUGAAGACACUUCAAGAAACUGCAUCAGUGUGCUGCACGACGAUUUCACGGGUCGCAUCAAAACAGUGGCCAUAACCAAAGUGGCCAACAAUUCCGAGUGCACGUCCUGCUACAAGCUGCAGGAGAAGCAGCCCCCCGUUAAUCUGAUGCGCCUGCUGAAUGUCAGUGCCGAGGACAUGGCCUCCAUUUCGGAGGAGGUGGAGCUCAUCAACGGGGUGGCUCCCACUGAGCUGCCGGCCAUAACAAAGUUCACCAGCUGCCACCAGUUUGGCCUGAAGAACGCCAGUGAUUUCCAUCACAAUCCCAGCGAUCAGGGAGUGCUGGUUUGUCGCGACUCGCACUCUGGGUGGUUCCCCACGGCCAUGUUUAGCUACAACAACUCGGACUGCCAGAGUUUUAGGCAGCCGUUUGCCAUUCGGACAUUGGAGCAGGCGUACAAAUCGCUGCAGGAUAUUAUAGACAAGCUCAGUUGCAGGAAUCUGCAGCCAGUUCCGGAGUGCAGCACUCAUCGCUGCCCGUUGGGGCUCUGCCUGCCACAAACGGCCAUCUGCAAUGGCCGAUCCGACUGUCAUGAUGGCAGCGAUGAGGAGGAAACCAGAUGUCGGCACUUGAAGCAACGAUGUGCCCCCGGCGAGAUGAAGUGCCGCUCCAGCUUCAAAUGCGUGCCCAAAAACAAGUUCUGUGACCACCAGCCAGACUGCGAGGACAUGACUGACGAACCCACUAUUUGCAGCUGCUUCACCUACCUACAAGCCACUGAUCCUUCCAAGAUAUGCGAUGGCAAACGAAACUGCUGGGACAAGAGCGAUGAAAGUUCUGUGCUUUGCAAUUGCACGGCAGACCAUUUCCAAUGUAGCUCCUCCCCUGAAGAUUGUAUACCCCGUGAUUUCGUGUGCGACAAGGAACCGGACUGCCCCAAUGGCGAAGACGAGCGGUACUGCUUUGGAAUAGAACACCCUCUGCAUCUGCAGAAGAAAGACUUUUGGGCCAAUAGCCAGCACACGCAACCUGAAGCAGCACCCCAGUAUGGACAGGUUAUCGAACAGACCUACGGCAUCUGGCACACAAAAUGCUUUCCGAAGAGCUCGCCGCCGCAGGUCGACGAGGUGCGGGAGAUAUGCAAGAAGCUGGGAUACAACCCGUAUAGACAGCCCAGCUACCGGCUCAUAGACGACGAGGAGAACAAGGCCGUGCACACCUACGAGCUAGCAGACCGACAGGGUCGCAGCUUCAGCAACGACACUCUGGUGGGAAAGUACCGGGACUCCACCAAGGCGCUGAUCAUCAGCAAGUUCUCGCCGCUGCAGCUCAACGAGCGGCUGACGCUCUUCUUGAAAUCCAGCCGGCCCAUUGCCGAGCUGGUUAGGUGGAACGCCACCGAUUCCAGCAGGUGCUACAGACUGGAGAUUCGGUGUGCUUGA